AUGACUGUCAAAUUGAUAUCACUCAGAUUAAUUAUUGGAAUCGUCAUCGGCAUAGGAGUUGACAGAAUAUGGACAAGUGUGACGUCUAGAGAGUCUCAUCAGAUAGUUACCGGGGUUACCGAUGUGAUGACACGUUUCAUGCUGCAAGAAAAGAACUACUCUUCAAAACAAAACGUUGAAAUUGUUGAAAAGCGUCCAAAAGAUCUUCAUACACCCACGUUCAAUAAUCAUGACAAACUCUUUCCAUAUGACAAAUACACUCUUUUUGGUAUGGAAUGGAAAAGCAUGGCGGAAGAGUUUGAACUGGCUUACAGUAAUUUAAACAGAGAAGAUGUAACAAGGAUUCAACCUUUCUCUAUUGGAACGAACAAUUUUGGUGUGUCAUCGACGACUCACAGUAGGGUAUAUUUCCACGACGACACGCAUGUCACAAAAGGAGGACACAUCCACGUCGUCAUAGAGACAUUUGAUAAAUACGGCAAUCAACGUAAAAAGGGCGGUGAUAUGUUUGAAGCUGUUAUGUCCAAUGAAAAGCUGGUCAAAAGUACGUCAGGGCGUGUAACCGAUUAUGGGAAUGGCACUUAUUCUGUGCAUUUCUACGCUGCCUGGGCAGGAGAAGCCAAUAUAUCAAUUUUCAUGCGAUUCACACGAGAAAUGUUACAAUUUAUAAACAAAGAACGAUCGGGUGAGGGACACAUGGAAUGGACAGGUGUUUAUAGCGCAGGUCGCGAUACAGAAGAAGUCGACUGUAAGAUAAUACGAGAUGGAACAUGGGAGGAUAAAUGUAGUUAUAAAAAUCGAAACUCGUUUGCCAGCACAAUGUUCGUUUGUGACAAACCAAAAUCAUUCACCUGCAAAGAGUUGAUUAGUGUUAACCCCACACCGACUAAUGUUAAAGAUGAAUCUGUACAGGUAGAACGCAAACGUGCAUCAUAUAUAUUUGCAAGUCGUCAAAAGAGUAUACUUGCCUCCACGCCCAUGAAGAUCAAGAUCAAAGAUUCCUCAUCCAUCCUUCCACCGCUGCCACUCUGUGGUCCUGACUUACCAGUUCCUAUUUCGGAUGGAUACUGGACAGACAAUGUGACGUAUGUAUCUCUCGUGUGCAAAAGUCAACACUGGAAUUCUGCACAAAUUGAGAAGUGUUUGUCAAAUGUCUCAAUCAAGAUGUUUGGAGACUCAACAAUUUUCCAGUUAGGUCAAUCGAUCAGAGCAAAAUACAACCUCGGUGACUACACAAUAGAGCCUAAAGCAUACUUUCCUCUUGGUCCUACCUUCUUCAAUAUUAGGCUUGAGAGCGAGUUUCUUGAUACAAUUACGAAAGAAAUGUGUGAAUCUCGUCCAACAGUUGUUGUAAUGAACAUUAUUUUCCAUUAUUUCACUUGGUCCAUUCCUUCAUACUUGGACAGACUUUAUGCCACCAGGUUUUCAGUGGAGAGACUUUUAUCGCGUUGUCCGACAGUCAAGGUGUUCUUACAAACUUCACAUCCGGGAAUUGAUUUUGAUGAUAUGCAAACAUAUUUCAGCGGUCCGUGGGUUGGCUUUGACAUGGAUCGUAUGAUACGUCGUGUUUUUGGUGGCAUGGGUGUCUACUUCCUUGGUGUCUCGCAAAUGACAUCAUCUCACUUAAGUCGGAUUGAACUUCACUCAAAUCGGUUAGUAAUCGAUGAAAGAGUAAAUCUAUUGCUAUCUUAUAUUUGCCCAACACAAGUUGAAUCAGUAUGA